AUGUUUGAUAUUCGUUUCUUACCUUUUCUACUUGUAUUCACCUACGCCAUUAUUGUAGAAAGGCCUAUUACAUAAAUAUCAUGGUGUGGAGCUUCCAUUAUUUACACCAGAGAAGAUGAAACCAUACCUCAAUUUUAAGGUUUGGAAGAAGAAAAGACAAUAUUUUUUAUUACUGAAGCUCACCAAAUAUAUCAAAGCAAUGGAACUGUAUGGAAUCAAAUUGAGGGUUUAUUCGAAGAUAUUUAGAUUUCACCUGCAGAUUCACGUGUCAUUUUUUUAUUUGGACAACAUGGUUAAAAAAGCUAUAGAACAAAUGAUUGUGGUGAAAAUUUCGAGGAAAUCGACACUGAGGGCUUUUAUGGAUUUAGAUUAAAUAAAAUGAAUUGGAAAAUGGAUGAUAGCUUUUAAAAAAUAAUAAUGUGA